AGCUCUUUCUAAAUUCUUUUUAUAACAAGCACUCCCACUUAUUAUCAACACUCAAUAUUUAUCCUGCAAGAGCUACAAGUUCAUCCAUUAUAUCGAUAUUAUGGUACAAAUGUCUCAGAAUAGAAGGCAUUCAGAGUACACAGUUGACUUGCGUAGAAUUUUGCCUGUGGAGAUGGGUAGCAUUAUGUUGCAGAUUAGGGCGUUCAUGGCGUUGGCACUUCUUUUGCCCUACGCUAGGGCAACCACCUACACAGUAGGCGACACCAGCCAGUGGAAUUUAGGAGUAGACUAUUCUACUUGGGCUACGGGUAAAACAUUCGCCGUGGGGGACCAAUUGACUUUCGUUUAUUCAUCACUUCAUAGUGUUGUGGAGGUGAGCAAGAGUGCGUAUGAUUCUUGUAGUACAUCAAACCCACUGAAGGUUGAAUCAGGCAGCCCAACGAGCGUGACAAUGGACAAGACAGGUGGGAGAUGGUUCAUUUGUGGGACGCCCGGCCACUGUUCAGGAGGCAUGAAAUUGGCCAUCACUGUUUCACCUGCAACUGUUACUCCCUCUACACCCACCUCACCUUCUUCUCCCGCUGCCACUACUUCGCCUUCGCCGCCUAGUGCCACCAAAACCUCACCUUCAACACCUCAGAUAGAUUGCAACCCUCCUCCUAGUGGUUAUAACUACCCUUACUACUAUAUUAAUAGGGCAGAUCCUCUGUUAUUCCACAACAAAUUCACCCAACUUUUUUUGAUCGGCUUGCUUCUGUAUAUCUUUAUUUAGAUUUCAGAUGAAAUAAAAAAUUUAAAAUUGAUGUUGGGUAUCUGGGCAAACGCAGGCCGAAUGCUUUUCUUGUUAGAGGGUGUUGCAGGGUUAAGAACUUAUGUGUUCUUGACUUAAAUUGAAGAAUAUCAAGGUUUUGGUUUCUCUUCGUUGCUAAAUCGUUUGGUAUCUCAUGUGAGAGUUAAGAAUUUAUGGGCUCUUGACUUAAAUUGAAGAAUAUCAAGGUUUUGGUUUC